CUUUAGCUUUUGCAUAUAUGUUUCAGUAUGGGCAGCUAAAAAAAGAGCAGGGUGGUUUUUAGUAUCACAAGUUUCUUAAAAAGAACACAUAUCUAAAAAAACAAGAACAUCGGCUCCAAAUGGCUAGAUAUAUUCACUAGCGUUGGACGAAAGCAUCCAAGGUUUUAGACUUUUUUUUUUAAUUGUUAUUUUUUAUUAUUGCUAUUUUUAUAUAUCGAGAAAAUGCCAGCUGCAACUCUUUUGCCUUUCACUACUACUCCGAUUAGGAAGUCUGUAAGCCCCAGCGCUUUCCGACUCACGGAGAAAUUUAUUUUGCUUUUAGCUUUCAGCGCUUUUGUCACUCUGUGUUUCGGGGCAUUUUUCUUUUUGCCGGAUUCGUCUAAGCUGCUGAGCGGAGUGUUUUUCCAUUCUUCCUCCGUGGAGACUAACACAAAAACAGGCACAUACAGCGAUGGUAUCCACGGGGCAGACAAUGAUGAAAACAAGUUAACAAGGAUCCGAAAAGAUCACGAGAAGGCUCUGAGCGAAGCGAAGGACACGCUGCAGAAGCGACCAGACGAGAUCCAACGAGACAUUCAGAACGAGAAGGAAAAAGUUAUUAAAAAUGUAUUUGUUAACAGAGGAGACGAUGACAGUUUGACCAAAAUUAAGUUUCAGAAGCCACCCGGAGCAUUGGGGCGUGAACCUUCAGACCCGGAAACCAAAGAGAAAAGGGCAAAAAUAAAAGAGAUGAUGAAAUUUGCCUGGGAUAAUUACAAAGAAUAUGCUUGGGGAGUGAAUGAGCUGAAGCCUGUCUCAAAACAAGGACAUUCAAGCAAUUUAUUUGGUAGCAUUCAAGGAGCUACGAUAGUGGAUGCUCUUGAUAGCCUGUACAUCAUGGAUAUGCAGGAGGAGUUUAAAGCUGCCACAGAUUGGGUUGAGAAGAGUUUAAACUUCAAUGUGAAUGCUGAAAUAUCGGUCUUCGAAAUAAACAUCCGGUUUGUUGGUGGACUUCUAUCGGCCUAUUAUCUCUCGGGAGAAGAGGUAUUCAGGAAGAAAGCAGUCGAACUAGGAGAGAAGCUGCUGCCAGCCUUCAACACCCCCACUGGAAUCCCCUGGGCCCUGCUUAACAUGAAGAGUGGAAUAGGCAGAAAUUGGCCCUGGGCAUCAGGGGGUAGCAGCAUCUUGGCUGAGUUUGGAACCCUCCAUUUAGAAUUCAUGCAUCUGAGUGAACUCUCUGGGAAACCUGUAUUUGCUGAGAAGGUAAUGAACAUUCGAAAAGUUUUGAACCGUUUGGAAAAACCACAAGGCUUGUACCCGAACUACCUAAAUCCUAACAGUGGACAAUGGGGCCAGCAUCACGUAUCAGUUGGAGGUCUGGGGGAUAGUUUUUAUGAGUAUUUGCUCAAGGCAUGGCUGAUGUCAGACAAGACAGAUGAAGAAGUCAAGAAAAUGUAUUACGACUCCAUUCAGGCCAUCGAGUCGCACUUAAUCAGAAAAUCCAGCGGGGGCUUCACCUAUAUUGCAGAGUGGAAGGGAGGCUUGCUUGAGCACAAAAUGGGUCAUCUGACGUGCUUUGCUGGAGGCAUGUUUGCACUUGGGGCAGACGGGGCACCAGAUGAGAAGACUGGACACCAAAUGGAACUGGCUGCUGAAAUCGCACGCACGUGUCACGAGUCGUAUUCCCGCACCACACUGAAACUGGGACCAGAAGCCUUCAGGUUCGACGGUGGUGUUGAAGCCAUUGCCACGAGGCAGAACGAGAAGUACUUCAUCUUGAGACCGGAGGUCAUUGAGACAUACAUGUACAUGUGGAGGUUUACUCAUGACCCCAAGUACAGGCAGUGGGGCUGGGAAGCAGUGCAGGCACUGGAGCAAUACUGCAAAGUAAAUGCAGGAUAUUCUGGAAUCAGAGAUGUUUACGCCAGUCACCCAAGCCAUGAUGAUGUGCAGCAAAGCUUCUUCUUGGCAGAAACGCUCAAGUAUCUGUACCUGCUGUUUUCAGAAGAUGAUCACCUUCCCUUUGAACAUUGGGUUUUCAAUACAGAAGCGCAUCCACUACCAGUCAUCAGGAAAAAAAAUAUUCUGAAACCAGAAGUGUAGAAAACCAGCAACUUCAAGAAAUUAUGGCAUCUCUACAAGGCAGAUGACAGACUUCUCCACUCUUCACUCUACUGUCUUGUAACACACAUCGAAUCUGAGAUUAUUAUUAUUAUUAUUAGUCAUUUAGUUAAUCUUGUCCCUGAAACUCAUUAGAACUGAGGUAAGUGUAUAGGACCCCCCUCCCCAGCCUUACAUAAUUUAAUUGCUGUCUGCAUGUUGUAUUUUACCCUGUAUUUUCUAAGUAUUUGACUGCAGAGUUAGACUGCAAGAUUCUUUCCUCCUCUGUGAGGAGAUGGAGGCCGCUUUCAGCUGUAAUUUUUUGUUGUGUUUUAAAAAAGCCAUAAUGAGCUAGAAAGCUUCAUCAUUCACAAAGACAUUUUUCCCCUGUUUUAUUUUGUCUCUUUUUCUUCUGUGGUGUCCACUUAACAUCUAAGACAACAGAGGACUGAAACUGGGUCUUUACAAUGUUUUUAUUGAUUACGGUAUGUUUCAUUUUUCUAAGAUUAUAUUUUUAAUAUGAAGCACUAGGUCUGUGUUUUAAUAAUGGUAACCACAGUGCACAGCCAUUGUAUCCAAUCACGUUAAAAUAGGGCCUUAUCUGUCUCAUUCAGAAUAAUAAGUCAUACAUAUUCACGCUGCCGGGUUCAUUGUUUUUGUUGGGGAAAGAAAUUCUUGCUGCAUUUGAGUUCCGUGUGUAGUGGUGUGAUUUAGGUUACUGUGGCUUCGUUCAUAAAUCCACACUGCCACCUACUGGAACUCUGAAAUGAGUACAUCACCUCAAAAUAAGGCUGGUCACCCCAUAUGUGACUGCAAAGUAGGAAAUAUAAUAUUUAUUGGAAAAAUACCUUUACAAACUCUCAGUGCUUGCCUCCCAAAGACAGUAUAGUAAUGAGGUGACAAUAUGCCAUUGUGUCCUUCGCUAAAGAAUGCAGAUGCGGUGUACCAAUUUGAAAAAAAAAAAAAAAAAAAAAUCACAGUUUUAAGAAUCAUGGAUUAUUUUCUGGUAAAAUUCUUCAUUUUUUCUCUGUCAUAAAUCUACUUAUUUUUGUUCAGCAAUUAAGUUGCAAGAUUGUAUCAAAUAUUUUUUCUGGAGUUUUACAUAGGAAGAUGUCAGAUUAAGAAUGAAAAUGGGACAGUAAUUGGGGUGUUUAUCAUUAAUCUCCUUAUAAUUUUGACAUUUCAUUUUCUCUAUUUCCCCUUAGAUUUAAUUAAAAUAACAAUACAAAUAUUAGUGCAUUUUAUUGAAUGAAUGAGUAAAUGAAAGAAAAUGA